AUGGGGCAAGUAUCCUCUUCCCAACGCGCAGACUUCGCGCAGAGCAACCACAACCACAACAAUAACAGUAUCUCAUCACUCUCCCUCUCGCGCAUUUCACGCGAACAACACAACCAACAAUCUUCUCCUGGAAACGUGGACCACCCUUUUCACCGUCGACAUCGCUCUACUGGCGGGAUUGACAGUACUGUCGAGCGCAGUCAUGCAAAUCCUCCGUUAACAUCCCAAUCUGCAGCUUCACCAUUGCCUUCAGUCACCACUAAUCCUGAUAUUGAUAUGUUUCGAAAUUCGAGUGACCUGGAUUUCCACCCAUCCCUACGAGCAGACAGCCCUGUAGGAACUAUGGAACGUUUGGGGUCGCAUUACUCUUCUUCCACCCUUGAAACCACUGCUGCCAUUCCAGCGUCCGCGACAAAUCGACAGUCGACUAUGUCUCGUCUCGGCUCGAGGAUCCUUCCAAACGCAGUUGUGAGGGGCCUGUUGAAUAGCGGAGAAGAAACACCCGCGGAAGGACGUGCUCACAGGAUUGGGUCGAUGGACACGUACAUGGAAUUUGGUGGAUCCCGUGAACUUGACUCCGUUGAGCCUUCUACAAGGAAUACACUACAAAUGUCUACAAGUGCCCCUUCUCGACCUCCCCGGACCUCUUCCCCCGCACGAAGACAUACUCCUGCGCGUUCACGACACAUUCGCUCCAUUCGCCGGGAUGAACAAACUCCGUUGUCUCGCGUUUUGCAAAUGGCAGCGGCUGCAAUUGCUGCCCAGCUCUCUGGAAAUACACCACCAGCAAUGCCCAAUAUCCAGGCUAUUGGUGCGGACGGUGCGGAUGGGUCGUUGGAAAGCUUUAUACAAAGUUUACAACAGGCUACAUCUACCCAAACCCAAGGAAUAGGGACAGAAGACGAGAGUGGGAGUAACCAAAGGGACGGUGGCUUACCUCACGUCAACUUCUUAAGGGUUUUCCGCUUUGUCAACCCGGAAAAUACAGAAAGUAACUCGACAACAGGACAUCCUAACCAACCAGGCUCUGAAUAUACUCAGGACAGUGGAUCGGAUAGAAUGGACCUUGAUGACCCGACACCAACAGACAAUAGCCAGGACAGACGAUUGGUGACUUUGGUGGUGGUAGGAGUAAGAUUCUCAAGCCAUCGUCGCUCAAUGGGAAGCAACACAUUCCCUGCCAAUUACGAUAGCCAGCGUCACCAAAGGUCACAUACAUCAUCUCGCAAUCAAUCAAAUUUGGCCACUUCAUUACCCACAGUUCUAUCAGAAAGUCCACCUGGUCCUCAUCCCCCUCCAUCUACUCCUGCCGACCCUGGUUUGUCCAAUGUUUCCUCAGAAGCCAACAGCCCAAGUCGACGACCGUCGGCAUCCUCAGUUGCACUUCCGCAAUUGAAUGAAGUCUCUUCUCAGGAACCCGACGAGUCCUCCGAAAAUCAGCACCCUCUCUUCAACAAUGUACGCCAACGCCGUAGAAGCGACUCAGAAACGGCUCGUCAUCGCGGACUUGGCUCUGGAGCUGCAAGACGAAAUGGCGUUGUGGAACCCGAUAGUACCUCGCCAUCUGCAGGAAGAAGCUGGUUGAUCUACGUGGUUGGCACGAAUUUAUCUGAAAACCACCCAGCUUUUGCAACUCCAAGUUUAUUUACAGAUAACCCUACCUAUGAGGACAUGUUACUCCUUUCAUCGUUACUUGGUCCCGCUAAACCGCCUGUCGCUUCCCAGGAAGACGUUGCCUCCGCAGGAGGCAUAUAUCGAUUGGUCGAGUAUGAUGGUUCUCUAAUCGCUGAAUCGGCAGAUACGACCCAGAAAAUUCUUAUUACGGAAAAUGAAAGAUGUCUUAUCUGCCUCUCCGAGUAUGAGGCUGCGGAGGAAGUCAGACAGUUAACCAAAUGCCAUCACCUCUAUCAUCGCGAAUGUAUUGAUGAGUGGUUGACCACCGGGCGCAAUUCCUGCCCGCUAUGUCGAGGUCAAGGCGUGUCAAAUUCCGAGAGCAACGACCCAGGUACCACCGAGCAGGAGACAGUGUCAUGA